AUGCCAUCGGCGCACAUCUUGAUUUCAACAGCUCGGCUAGUAUAUGGCCGAGGCAUGCCGCCUGGGCUACUCAAAUUUGGCAUAGUUGCAUCGGUUUUGGGUGCUAUAUUCAAGAUACUCAAAGAUUCUAAGCGUCUUAGUAGUCGCUGGUCUCCUUGGGUACCAUCCAGUGUUGCGUUAGCUGCAGGCAUGUAUAUUAUGCCUGAAAUGAUUUUGGCGCAAGGAAUUGGAGGUCUGAUUCAUUAUUAUAUCCUUGGGCGCUGGGGUCGAGAAAAGGAAUCGCGCCUCAUUUCCACGGCUACAGGCUUCAUACUUGGUGAAGGCUUGUUCAGCUUAGUUACCAUGAUCCUGCAGAGCAUUGACGCGCCACAUUUAUAA